AUGAAGGCACCAACUCAUUUUAUUAUUAUUAGCAUAAUCUUAUCAUUAUUUUUUUAUAUCGGAUUAGCAGAAGUUGUUUCCUGCCCAAAUGCUGAUAAAAAUUGUUAUUAUUUAAAUGAACUUUUAGCUCCUUGUGAUUAUAAGAUUGAUUUUAGUUAUAUAUAUUACUACUUUAGUGUGGGUGGUGAUAAUUUUAGUGGCCUUGAAAAUUGCAGUUGUACUAAAGAAUUUUAUGAUACCCUUGUUACUUGUGGUAAAUUUUGCCAAUUUCCUGUCGACACUACAGUAAAAUAUGAAAGUGAUUGUAAAAUUGCUAAGCAUCCGGUGGAUCUCAGUGGAGGGAAUCCAGCUCCAACAACAGGUGGUACAUAG